AUGGCCUACCAGGAGCACGACGACUCGGCAUAUGCUGGGGAUGCUGAGGGCCCGGCAUCGUCUUUCUCGCCCACGGCUGCAUCGUUUAGGCGGCGGCAGAGCUCGAGGAACCGCGACGUCGGCUUGUUUGCGGGCCGCCUGCGACAGAACCAGCCCCCUACGAAACACGAAGAUACUGCCUCAGACGUGGAGCCCCUGGGUUUCGACGAGGGUGCGUGGCCUGCUGCCCAUGACAGUCAACAGCAAUCUCGCAUCCACACCCGCGACAACGGCAGGAGCAGCACAAGCAGCAGCGGCAAAACAACUGGACGGACUUUGCUCGGCUCGCCCAGGACGAAGACGCAGUCACACAAAAACAAAUUCGACUUUGACGACAGCCUCGACGAAGGCCCAGACGGCGGUGAUUUGGAAGGUGAUUCUGAUCACGACGGCAGCACUCGACGUUCUUCGUAUCUUCCACCUCUACCCCAGUCACCGACGUCGCCCACCUCGCCGCGCUGGCCCAAGCUCGCCAACGGCUCUGCCGUCUACAGCUACUCGGGCUCGUCUUUUACCACUGGCCCCGUCCCCCUGUCGUCUCUUCACACAUCAAUUGCAUCCGUAGGCUUUUCGACCGCGCCGACCAGCCCGGUCUCGCCUUCGCACAGCACGUUUGCGGCCAAGUCUCUUCUGCGGUCUCCGUCCUCCUCCUCGUCGACACCUCGCUUUGCUGGGCUCUCUUCACACCCAUUCGUAUCGAACCAUAUUCCACAAGGGCGAGCAUCCACCUCGACCGACGACUCCCUGCCGCCAUCCGACAAGCCGAGCCCCUUUCCUGACGCAACCGCAACCGCAGCAGCAACAGGAACAGCAAUAACAGCUACAGAAACUCCCUCGACUCCGCCGCCCCCCUUAUCCCCCGACUUCUCGUCACCACCGCCGCCUCCGCAGGCGGUUCCAAACACCAUGAUUGUCGGGAACUUUUCUCGGCCACGGAAGCCCAGCGUCAAACAAGGCUCGCGUGAUGCUCUCCCCGCCAUAUCUACAAGCUCACAUACCCCCGAUCCUGUCCGGCUAGAAAGUCCGGCGCCGGCUGCCGCAGUCUCGGCGCAGUCGUCCACUUGGCCACGCGAACGUGCGCGCGGCAUGUCCGUCUCUUCUCACAAAUCGUCUUCCACAUACUCUUCCGUCACAGAUCGCCCAUCCACCGACAACACGCGCCCCAAUGCCCAGGUCGUCCCGUCCACACAGCCACUAAAUACCGAUGCGCCUUCCCCUGGUCUUCCACGUCCUCCUGUUGCCUACAGUCGUACAAACAGCACUGGCAGCAACAACCCCAAUGCCAGGCCGCAGCUGCUUGGGGCACAAAGCCUAUCCCAGCUUCGCGACCCAACUUUUGCACGUGCUGAUGAAGAGACCCGGUCCAGCUAUCGUUCUCAAUGGACAUCAUCAACAGCAAACAAGACCGUGUUCACUGAAACCAGCACAGCACGUAGCAGCAUGUUGACAAAGGCCAGCUCCCACGCGUCCAUGGCAUGGUACACAAAUACCCCUACUGGAGCCGAUGAUGGCCUCAGUGUCGACGAUGUUAUGGGCCUCUACGAAAAAGGCUUUGGCGACUCCACCGGGGCAGAAGACAAUGACGGGCCGUAUGGUGGCACCGCCUCCGGCAAGGACUCGGGCGACGAGGAUUUCACGGACGCUGAAGAAGCUCACGACCACGGUGUGACGCCGUCCGGCCCGGAGGUACUAGCAUCUGGUCUGAUUGACUCGCAAAUUCUGGAAGCUAUCAGUGACUCUUUGCCCAUUCCUCCCUCCUCCACAAAUAGGGCCGGAUUGUCGCACAAUGCCGCACUGGACACGUCGCGGCCUAUCCGUUAUUCCGGUCUGUCGUCGUCGGUACCAAAAGAUAGUGGCUUUGGACUUGUCACGCAGCACAUGAAUAACAGACAGCUCCAAGUUCCCAACGCAAAUGACCAGGAUGAUCUCAAGGAAAAACGCGAUUCAGCCAAGAUGCUGGAAUCAGACGACAAGCCUUCUGGCAACCCUUCGCCGCUGUCGUCGCCACAGUUAAAUACAUCCUUUGACAGCCGCCCUGGCUCGGCAAAGGCACCCUCGCUGUUCGCCCGGGCCCAAGACGAACCUGAUGACCCAGGCAUGCGUGACCGGUACGGCUUCCGCAAGCACAACCAGUAUAUUACGCGUGAGCAGUACGAUGCAUGGAACGCUCCCUACACGGAAUAUAUUGGGCGGCGACGCAGAAAGUGGGUGUCGUACCUGCGCGACUCGGGCUUGAUCACAGACAAACCCACGCGCUUCCCGCCGCCAAGUGUGAAGACAAAGCGCUUCAUCCGGAAGGGCAUCCCGCCCGAAUGGCGUGGUGCUGCGUGGUUCUACUAUGCCGGUGGACCCAGCAUCAUUGCCAAGCACCCUGGUAUUUACAACCAACUGCUUGUCCGUGCUCGUCGUGGUGAGGCAAAGGCCGUCGAUAUCGAGUCAAUUGAGCGUGAUUUGCACCGCACAUUUCCCGACAACGUUGCCUUCCAAUUUUCUGGAACCCAGCAACCUGGCCACGGGGAAUCUGACGGCCCCGACCAGGCCGUCAGCGACAUCACCGUUGAUCGUCCGGAUGAGCCAAAGAUCGUCUCGAAGCUGCGCAGAGUUCUUCUCGCCUUUUCAAUCUACAACCCUCGCAUCGGGUACUGCCAAAGUCUGAAUUUCUUGGCCGGCUUGCUCUUGUUGUUUGUGGAGACGGAGGAGCAUUGCUUCUGGCUUCUCAAUGUCAUCACGCGCAUUUUCUUGCCUGGUACCCAUGAGAUGUCUCUUGAAGGCUCGAAAGUUGACUUGGGUGUUCUCAUGGCCGCCAUGCAGGAGUCGCUACCGGGCGUAUGGGCGAAGAUCGGGGGCGACUUGGAGGACAGUACGCCUGCACACCGCGACGCACAGAAGCCGGUUGCUAUUGGCCGCAUGAUGAAACUGCCGAGAGUCGGCGGGAACAAGACGGACCCUCUCACAGCCGCCUCUGCCGAGCGCCUUCCUCCCAUCACCCUUUGCAUGACGGCGUGGUUUAUGUCCUGCUUCAUUGGGACGCUGCCCAUCGAGACAACGCUGCGUGUUUGGGACGUUUUCUUCUACGAAGGCAGCAAGACACUCUUCCGCGUUGCGCUGGCCAUCUUCAAGCUUGGCGAGCCCGAAAUCCGUGCCGUGACGGAUCCUAUGGAGAUGUUUGGCGUCGUGCAGGGCCUGCCGCGCCACCUGCUGGACUGCAACAUGCUCAUGGAGGCCACCUUUCGCCGUCGCAACGGGUUUGGCCACCUCAGUCAGGAGAGCAUCGAGGAAAAGCGGCGUGAACGGCGCGAUGCAUUUAAAGAGGCUCGAGCCGACGCCCUUGCUGCUACGGACUCGCCAAAGUCACCCCACCCCGACGGCCAUGACACGCCAGAGAGCAGCGGCCAAGGUGACGCAACUGUCCGUAGAAAGGGAACGCUGUUUGGGCGCCGUCGUGACCGCCACCCUACAGAGGUGAUGUAG